AUGUUCAAAAUGGUAGCGUCGAAGAUACAGUUGAAUAAAGUUGAAUCGGAAAUAUGUACGCUGGUGAAAGAGUUCUGUUCUCAUUAUAAUAAAGCGAAUGCAGAGACUGAACCUUUGGUAGCCCGAAUCACCGGAGGUUGGGUCCGUGACAAGUUGUUGGGAAAUGAUUCUAAUGAUCUAGAUAUUGCAAUUAAUAACAUGACGGGUGAGCAAUUCGCUGAAAAACUAUGUGCUUUCCUGCAAGAUCGGGGGUUAGAAACGCAUUCUUUACAUACCAUUGAUAAAAACCCAUCGAAAUCUAAACAUUUGGAGACUUGUACCACGAAACUCUUCGACGUUCCAGUGGAUUUCGUUAAUUUGAGAUCAGAAGAGUACACAAUGGAAUCUAGGAUCCCGAAAGUGGAAUUUGGAACCCCAUACGAUGAUGCGAUGCGACGUGAUGCCACUUUGAACGCUAUGUUCUACAAUAUAACGGAGGAUAAAAUCGAAGACUUUACUAAGAAAGGGUUUCAGGAUUUGAACGAUGGAAUAUUACGUACUCCUUUACCACCAAGACAAACUUUCAUAGAUGAUCCUUUACGUGUUCUGAGAUUGAUUAGAUUUGCAUCAAGAUUCAAUUUCCAAAUUGACCCGCAGACUUAUCAAGCAAUGAGGGAUCCUGGUAUCCACCAGUCCUUCAACCAUAAGAUUUCCAAAGGUCGUGUAUAUACCGAAAUGCACAAAACUCUUACAUCUGCUAAUCCCUUUUACGCAUUGGAUUUAAUUCAAGGUGCUCAUCUUUCCAGAGUUAUUUUCACCACUAAUGAAAGUUCUCCUGAAAUCGAAUCCAUUUAUGAGAACCUGGACCAGCAUUUAAAGAGUUUAGUAGAAACAAUACCAAAACUUUUAAAAUCACACACAACAUUUGCUAGUGUUUUCCCGGGCAUGCAGGAGCCUUUGAUAUUAUCACUUGUAUUAUCUGGAUUCAAAGGAUUAAAGGGCCCAGAUCCAGCAAAGCCUAAAAAUUCGAUACCUUUAGCUGGCGUUAUUACAAAAGAAGGCUUAAACUUCCCUAAUACUCAAGUAGACAACGUUAUCGCUUGUGUUGAAUCUGAGGAUUCCUAUCAUAAUUUAGUUAAGAAUGGAAAAUCAAUGAAAAGAUCGGAGUUGGGUUUUGCUUUGAGAAAACUUGGUAAGAAUUGGCAAAUGGUUCAUUUCUAUAAUCUAUGUUUGGAUUAUUUACGCCAUGGAGAUGAGCCAAUUCCACAUUAUGACGAAUUUUAUAAGCAUGUCCACGAUUGCAAACUAGACGAUGUCUAUACUUUAAAGCAUAUCAUCAACGGUAAAGAACUAGCGAAAUUACUGGAUAGGAAACCUGGCAUUUGGAUGGGAGAAACAUUAGACAGAAUCCUUAUUUGGCAACUAGAUAAUCCAGAUAUUUCGAAAGAAACCUUUAUUGAAAACCUUAAUGACAUAGUACAUCUUCCUUGA